AUGUCGCUCACCAAUGCGUCGCCCUCGGAGGCGGCCAUGGCGGCCAGGUCGGCCUCGCACGUCCUAGCCACGCUGCCGGCAUCGGCACGCAACGACGCCCUGACGGCCAUGCACGCCGGACUGGUGGCCGCCCGCGACGACAUCCUCGCCGCCAACGCCCGCGAUCUGGAGCUGGCCCGAGCCGCCGCCGCCGAUGGCCGCCUGAGCCAGAGCCUCGUCUCGCGCCUCGACCUAGGCAAGAAGGGCAAGUGGGACGAGAUGCUGCGGGGCAUCCUCGACGUGCGCGGCCUCGACGACCCUGUCGGCCGCGUCACCCUGCGCACCCGCCUCGACGACGGCCUCAAUCUCGAACGCGUGACGUGCCCCAUCGGCGUGCUGCUCAUCAUCUUCGAGGCCCGCCCCGAGGUCAUCGCCAACAUCGCCGCCCUGGCCGUCAAGUCGGGCAACGCCGCCAUCCUCAAGGGCGGCAAGGAGUCAACCGAGUCCUUCGUCGCCAUAUCGCGCGCCAUCUCGGCCGCCCUCGAGCGCACCCGCGUCCCCAACGCCGCCAUCCAGCUCGUCACCACCCGUGACGCCAUCCCCCAGCUGCUCGCCCAGGAACGCCACAUCGACCUCGUCAUCCCUCGCGGGUCCAACGAGCUGGUGCGCUACAUCAAGGGCAACACCCGCAUCCCCGUUCUCGGCCACGCAGACGGCCUCUGCUCCAUCUACCUCGACGAAACUGCCGACCCCGAGAAGGCCGCUGACGUCGUCGUCGACGCAAAGACAAGCUACCCAGCCGCCUGCAACAGCCUAGAGACACUGCUGGUGCAGGAGAGCGCUCUCUCUACCGUCUUCCCGCGGUUAGCGGCCGCCCUAGCUAGCAAGGGUGUCGAGCUCCGGUGUGACGCCAAGAGCAAAGCCGCGGCCCUGUCGGCUGUCGGCGACGUGGCUGGCGCUAAGGUGGUUGACGCUGCUGAGGCCGACUACGACACCGAGUUUCUCGCUCUCGUCCUGGCCGUCAAGACGGUCGCCGACGCGGACGAGGCGGUGGCCCACAUCAACGAGCACGGCUCACAUCACACGGACGCCAUCCUCACCGAGUCGUCCGAGCUUGCCGAGCGCUUCAUGUCCGCCGUCGACUCGUCGGGCGUCUACUGGAACGCGUCGACGCGCUUCGCCGACGGCAUGCGCUAUGGCUUCGGCACCGAGGUUGGCAUCAGCACCAACAAGAUUCACUCGCGCGGCCCCGUCGGUCUUGAGGGUCUGAUGAUCUACAAGUACAAGCUCCGCGGCGCUGGCCACGUCACAGCUGUCUACGGCGAGGGCGAGGGCCAACGCCGCUUCAAGCACGAGAGCCUGCCUCUGGAGCAGUGA